GCCAGCCACAGAUGUCGCCCUGCCCUUCUGUGUUCUCUUUCGCUGAACAACUCCAAUGGCUCCCAUCACUCCAGGCUCGCUAGUCGUCGUCACCGGCAUCACAGGCUACAUUGGCUCCCACGUCGGGUUGGCCGCUCUCCAGGCAGGCUACCGAGUACGGGGCACCGUACGCGACACUAAGAAGGCCGAGGAGCUGGGAGCGAAAUACAACGAGCUGGGAGUGGAUGCGGGAGAGGACAAGUUCGAGGUUGUCAUUGUGGAUGACCUCACGGAUCAGGCGCAGUUCGAGAAGGCGUUUGUGGGUGCGGAGGGUAUUGUGCAUGUCGCUCUGCCUGGCCACACAGCAACAUGGAUCGACCAGGCGACCACCUCUAUCCUCUCCGUGUUCCGGGCGGCCGCGAAAGAAUCCUCUGUGAAGCGCGUCGUGCUUACUUCUUCGUCCGUGACCUGUAUCACCCCCGGCCAGAACGGUGACCAUACGCUCAACGAUGAAGACUGGAACGACGAUGCGGUUGAUGCAUUCAAGAGGAUGUCAGAAGAGGAGAGGGGUAAUCCGAAGAAUAGGACAGCUAUGUAUUGCGCAGCCAAGACGAUCGCUGAGCAGGAGGCGUGGAAAUGGAUGGCAGAUAACAAGGGAUGGCAACGGUCCAGUCCGGUCCAUCCAGUCCUGGACGGUCCCGGAUUUUUGGCGAUAGUCGGUCCCGGUCCAGUCCCGUGAUGGUCCGGUCCUGGACGCCAGUCCCAGUCCCACCUGUGUCUCGCAGAAAAAGACCCUUGCUAGAGACAGGGACGACGUGCGUCUAGACCUCAAACUAGUGGAAAAUGCCCGUCCAGCAAAGGUCCUGUCAGUAACACGGGGCUGUGCUUCCGGAAGCACAGGGCACGGCUUCUCCGGCAGGGGAAAGUACCGAACCCGGAAAAGGAGACCCAACAAGCA